AUGAAGUUCGCGAAGGAGCUCGAUGAGAAUGCGGUGCCGGAGUGGAAGAGCAAGUACCUCGACUACAAGCAGGGCAAGAAGAAGCUCAAGGCGGUCCAGAGAGCCAUACGGGCGGUGGAGGCAAGGUCGCCGGUGUUGACGCGCUUGACGGACCGGACGUCGCCGUUCAAUAGCUUCAGGGAUGCACCGGUCAGGGCGCUGUUGAAGUUUCCAGAUGGGCAGGACAGCGAUGCGCCGUUGAAGCUACAGCGGAGCAGGAGUGAAGCUGUCACGAACCAGUUCCCCCUUUCGCCCGGGGAGGGAGAUGUUGGAGAUGUCACGACGCAAACCCGAACAGGACGGGUGAACGAGCGCAGUCCUCUUCGCGCGAAUGGCGAGCCACGGAUGCAAAGAUAUGGCAGCAUACUCGGUAGCCCUCCCCGUCCGAGCCAGGACUCUGGCAGCUCACGCGCUGAGCUACGUCCUGCUUCGACAUUGGACCUCCCUAUGCCCAGCCUGAACCCCGAUCUCACCAAAGAAGAGCAACCUAGGGACUUGUCAAUUGGACGGGCAAGCGACCCAGAGUACGACAGUGUCAGCCCUGGCGAUGUCCAGCCGCCUUCGCCAGAAAGAACGAGGGUCGCAAAUCCCCAGGCACGUCAUCCAGGACAAAGCGAUAGCCAUGACUUCGCCGCUAGAGAGGCCGCACCAACGCAGAAAAGAGGUUCUUCCACCCUGCCUUCUCGUCUACAAAACCUCCUUGCACGACAACCUCACCGCUCAGCUUCAGCGUCAGAUGUCCGCCCUUUGGCCACACGGAUCUUCUGGUUCAAUCGUGACCACAAUGCCCGCGACCAGCCAGGUGGUCAAGAAAUACCUCUGGAAGAGCAUCGAGAUCUUGACUUUAGAAUGGCCGAGUUCUUCCUCUUCCUGGAUAAGGAGCUGCGCAAGAUUGAAGAAUUCUACAAGUCAAAGGAGGACGAAUCCACGGAUCGCUUGACAAUCCUCCGCUCUCAGUUGCACACAAUGAGAGACCAACGGCUGGAAGAUGUCAAAUUCAAACAAGCCCAGCAAAAGCCAAAUGGACAUCGACACGUCUCCACGGUGGCAAACAUCGGACAGCGCAAAAUUGGCAAGACCUCACGAUACAUGGCAAGCCUUGCUACGCCGUCCUUACCAGCGGUGAAUGCAGAAGACGAGCCUCGCUCGACGGCUGAGCAGGACUACGUACGAAGAAAUCACGACGUCCCUUAUAGUGCUGCAAAGCGAAAGCUCAAGUCUGCCUUCCAGGAGCUGUAUCGCGGUCUCGAGCUUUUGAAAUCGUACAGUAUGGUCAACCGCACCGCCUUCCGGAAGAUCAGCAAAAAGUAUAACAAGAGUGUCUCACUCAGCACGCCCGAUGAGCAGAAGCGAACCUCCCUGCAGAAUGACUACAUGGGCGAGAAGGUCAAUGGAGCUCAUUUCGUGAUCUCGGAGCUGCCUGACCGGCUAAUGCAAGACAUAGAAGAUCUGUACGCUCGUUACUUCGAGAGGGGCAACCGCAAACUCGCAGUCAGCAAGCUUCGAGCCAAGCCUGUCAGAGCCUCAGACUACAGCGGCUCCAUGUAUCGCGCUGGUAUGCUGCAAGGCAUCGGCUUCUCUAUGGGCAUCACGGGACUGGUGUAUGCCGCGAUCGAAUACUAUGGAAUGUCCGACGGCUCGAAGAAGCAGACGGAGAUCUCGUAUUUGCUGCAGAUUUAUGGCGGCUACUUCGCGUUUCUGAUGCUCUCAUUCCUGUUCAUCCUGGAUGCUUGGGUCUUUGAGCAGUUCCACGUCAAUUACCCUUUCAUCUUUGAGCUCGACAACCGCACCCUUGUCAACUGGCGUCAGGUGUCAGAACUGCCGUCAGUGCUGGCUUGCAUGCUUGGGAUUUGCAUGUGCAUCAACUUCAGCGAGAUGGCUGACGAUGCCUUAUACCUGUACUGGCCGGUCUUGCUCGUCGGCGUUUCCGUCUUUCUACUCUUCGCACCAGUAUCUGGCUUCUUCUACUCACGCUCUCGCAAAUGGCUCUCGAUAACACUAUGGCGACUGCUCUUCUCCGGAGUGUACUCUGUCGAGUUCCGCGACUUCUUCCUCGGCGAUAUGUUCUGCUCGCAGACGUACGCCAUGGGGAAUAUCGAGCUGUUCUUCUGCCUCUACGCCAAGGGCUGGAACAGCCCUGGACAGUGCAACAGUGGUAACAGCAGACUCCUUGGCUUCUUCAGCGCCCUGCCUGGGAUUUGGCGAGCGCUGCAGUGCGCCAGGCGAUAUCGGGACACCUGGAAUUGGUACCCUCACUUGGCGAACAUGGGCAAAUACUCUUUCACCAUCCUGCAAUAUAUGACGCUAAGUCUGUGGCGCCUGAAUGAGGAGUCAGACCACCUCAAGGGCCUCUUCAUCGCCUGCGCAUCGAUCAACAGCAUCUAUUGCCUUCUAUGGGACAUCUUCAACGACUGGUCGCUAUCGCCCCGCUCGCUCAGACCAACACUGGCCUACCGCAAGCACAAGUGGUGGUACUACGCUGCCAUGGUCCAGGACGCGAUUCUUCGAUUCGUCUGGCUUGGCUAUGUCAUCUUCCCGCGCGACUAUCAGGUCCAGCAUUCAAGCAUAAUCAGCUUCAUGAUCGCUUUCCUUGAGAUAUUACGGAGAGGCGUCUGGGUCAUCUUCCGGGUCGAGAACGAACACUGCACCAACGUCGAAAAGAACCGCGCGAUCAAGCAAACGGAUCUGCCGUAUCCCGAGCCCCAGCGUGCUAGAUUGUCUACUGCCCGUCCGGACGAAGUCGCCGAACGGAUGGACGAUCUGGUUGAGACGCCUGAAGAAGCGGAGGCUACUACUACCAGUUCGCAGCUUGAGCGUCAUCCUUCGACAGCGGCAUCGACGGUCAGACGACGGGGGCAGCAAGUGCAGCAGGAUUCUCCCGUCACGAGAGCGUUGAAGAGGGUUGGCAGUGCUGUUCUGAACGCUCACGAUCAGGACUACGAGCGGAGACGGCCUGCGGCUGUUGUGGAGGGUGAUUCGGAGGACGACGAGGAUGAUGAGGAGGAGGAGGAUAGUGAUCGUGGCGCGUAG